GCUGUUCUCGCUGCACGCCUGCCUAUAUCUGGCAACUUUAAUGUCACGCGAGUCGCGAUGUCGCUACAACUACGUGAAUAUUUAUGACGCGAUCGUCCAAUUCGUCUCGAACUAAAUGGCAAAGCCGACCUCAAUGCCUUACCGCAGCUUGUAUAUGACCGUAAAAUGCUAAUAAAACGAACUCUUGUGAAAAGACUCGAGCACCGAACUUUAAAUCGAAUUAUAGUGUAUGUGUUGUUUUACUGUCAUGUUAUCGAAAGGUAUUCAGCGGUCGAAAUGCCGCAUGAAUGCGCCUAUCGUACCUCCGAGACGGAAGCGUUGGAAAAUGCUGUACUAUUUUGUAAAAUUCGGACCAUAAGUAGUUUGGACCACCUGCUACAGAACAUCAGUCGGACGCAUUUCGAUGACGUGAUAUCUUUACACGUGCAAUGCAGUGAGAUUUUAUUUUUUGAGAGUACAUUGACUGCUCAUUCUGAGAAGGCAACAAACAAGGUAAAUUUAGCCAAACUACGAGACCUAAUUAUAGACAAAUGUAAGAUACGGCAAAUACCGGCACGAGCUUUUGAGAACUUUAAAGAUCUGAAGAGACUACAUGUGACAACCCACAACAGUGAAUGGUCAGCUAUGACUAUGGAACUACAUGAACAAUCCUUUUCGGGUUUAAAUGAAUUAAUAGAACUAAAUCUAAGUGACAACAACAUUUGGAGUACCAAAACAGAGACAUUUUGUUCAUUGUAUAGUUUAAAGACAUUAAAUUUGUCAAGAAAUCAUUUACAAAAUAUAAAGACUAUUGGUUUCUCUGAUUCGUUAAGAGAACAAAACUUAAGUAUAAGAAGUUGUAACUUAGUCGUUGAGGUACUAGAUUUAGCACAUAAUGAUUUAAUUGUUGUUACUGAUAAUAGCCUGUCAAAGUUACGUUCGUUAACAAAAUUAAUGUUGCAAAAUAAUGCGAUUUCUACCCUAGAAGAUGGUGCCUUUGGGGGUUUAUUUAGUUUGCAAGUUUUAAAUAUAUCUAGUAACUUUAUGAACACUCUUCCACCAGAUUUAUUUUCUGACACAAAAUCUUUGAAAGAAAUAAAUUUGAGCAACAAUACUAUAAAUGUUAUACCGGCGGGACUCUUUGAAGGUUUACAACAACUUCAAAUAUUGGAUCUUUCUUAUAACGAUCUAACGAGUCAAUGGGUAAAUAAAGAAACGUUUGUAGGACUAUUACGAAUGGUUAUAUUGAACCUUUCGUAUAAUAGAUUAUCUAGAAUAGAUCGUUACAUGUUUCAAAGUUUGUAUAGUCUUCAAAAAUUAAACUUAGAACAUAACCUAAUCACAUCUAUUGAUGAACAUGCGUUUGAGGAAUUAAGAAAUUUACAUUCAUUGACACUAUCACACAAUAUACUUGUACAUAUUCAUUCGGGAUUAUUUACGGAUUUACAUGUCUUGCACGAAUUAUUUAUAGAUAAUAAUAAAAUAAAACAUAUAAAUGAGAAUGCUUUCGAUAAUAUGACCACUAUCAGAGAUUUAGGCUUAAACGACAACUUUUUAUCGUCUAUUCCUAUUUCAGUAAGAAAACUACGAUCACUAAAGUCACUGGACAUUGGUAAUAAUAAUAUAACUCAUCUCGAUCGGGAAAACUUUCGUGGCCUCUCGGAACUCUUCGGUUUGCGCUUAGUUGAUAACAAAGUUACGUAUUUGAGUGAUAAUACCUUUGAAUAUUUGCCUGAGUUGCAAGUACUUAAUUUAGCUUCCAAUAAGAUAAAGCUUAUUGCACCUGGUUGUUUUAGAAAAAAUAUUAAUUUGAAACUAUUACGUAUGGAUGGUAAUGACAUAAUAAGUUUUGAUGGAAUAUUUACAAGUCUCAAUAGUUUAGUGUGGCUUAAUAUGUCAUCUAAUAAGUUAGUUUCUUUUGAUUUUCGAAGUUUUCCAAAUAGUUUAGAAUGGAUAGACUUACAUAAAAACUACAUUGAAAAUUUUGUUAACGAUGAUCUAUACUCAAAUGUAAAUAUAAAAUUAUUAGAUUUAAGUUACAAUAACAUAAGUCAAUUAACAGUAACUUCAAUACCAAAAUCAGUGGAAAAGCUCUAUUUAAACAAUAAUAAUAUACAGCAUAUUCAAGUUGGAACUUUUUCCAAGCUACAAAAACUAUUAACUGUCACGUUAAAUAAUAAUAACUUAGUACAACUUGACAUGAAUGCAUUUAGGUUAGAUAAAAUAGAUGAAGAUAGUGACUUACCCGAGUUCUUUAUAAGCGGAAACCCAUUUGUUUGCGACUGCUCAAUGGAAUGGAUUCAACGUAUUAAUUAUUUAAGUCACAGUCGACAAUACCCUCGUGUUCUAGAUCUUGAUAAAGCUUUGUGUUCUCUGGUACAUUCACGUGCAAAAGAGAAAAAAAUGAUUAUAGAUAUGUCUCCAUCUGACUUUCUCUGUCCAUACGAAAGCCAUUGUUUUGCCCUGUGUCAUUGUUGUGAUUUCGUAGCUUGUGACUGUGAAAUGAUUUGUCCAAAUAACUGUAGAUGCUAUCACGAUAUUACAUGGAAUGCAAACGUGGUAGAUUGUUCAAAUGCGGGUUACACAGAAGUACCGGAACGAAUUCCCAUGGAUGCUACUGAAAUAUAUUUAGAUGGUAACCAUAUAAAUAAUUUGGGUAAUCAUGUAUUUAUUGGCAAAAAGAAAUUACAAGUUUUGUAUCUCAAUAACACAAAGUUGAAAGAAGUUAAUAAUCAAACUUUCAAAGGAGUUGAUUCAUUAAGAAUAUUGCAUUUAGAAAAUAAUAAACUUGUGGAACUAAAAGGUGAUGAAUUCAUGCACCUUAAUAAUUUAAACGAAUUAUAUUUAGAUCAUAAUGCUAUCGUACAUGUUGCAAAUAAUACAUUCUCCUCAUUGAAAUCACUGUCAGUCCUUAGGAUUGACGAGAACAAGCUAGUCAAUUUUUUCCCUUGGAAAUUAUUAGCUUCAUCUUCCAAAAGUUUAGCUCACGUUUCCAUCGAGGGUAAUCAAUAUUCUUGUGAUUGUAAAAGCAUAGCUGAAUUAGAUUCAUGGCUUAGAAGGGAUCCGGGAGAUCCAGAAAAGAUGUUGUGUACCGAUACGGAAGGAAAGCCUACUAAAAUAACUAUUGCAUCUGUACUUAGUCAUUGCAAGGAAUAUAUGGGAACAAUUAAUGAUCCAACCGUAUCUAAAGAUGAAAUUGUUUCCAAAUCUGUAUUUCUACCUGAUAAUUAUUUUGCUAUUAUAUGUGGCGUAAUUAUAAUUGUUGUAUUAAUUUGUUUAAUAGGUGCUAUCUUUUACGCUUUCAGAUACGAUGUAAGCGAUUGGGUAUAUACCAAGUAUGGAAUACCAUUAUUUAAAGAACAAUCUUGUCCUAAUGUUGAUCAUGUUUUAGACGGAAAUCCAAAUCAAAUAUAUGAUUACUAUGUGAUAUAUAAUACCAAAGAUUCAAAUUUUGUUUACCAUAAUAUUAUGUCAGAAAUAGAAUACAGAAAAAUGACGUACAAGAAAUUAUCGCCUAACGAACCACCUUUAAAUAUUCUUACUUUGGAUAGCUUUUCCAAAUCAUCCAAACUAUCCAAACGUCUUGUAAUUAUACUUACAACAAACUUUAUUUGUAGUGAUCUUUGUGACAUUCAUUUUAAAAAUAUAUUUUAUAGUUACUUAAAAUCACUUAAUCGUGGAGAGUUAAAUAAAGUAGUAUUUAUUAAGUUAAUAGAUAAUAACCAAAUAAACGAUGAACUCUGUCUCUUGUUGGAAAAAUUUAAAAAUAUUUCAUGGAGCGAUCCACGUUUUUGGGAGAAAUUUGUGGCGUCUUUGAAUUCGACCGAUACUAUUAUCACGGUAAAGAAUUCAGAAAAAAGCGUAUUCAAAAAAUCAUUACGCCAUACUCCGACCUUGAGGUACACAACAAUGCCAGUCUCAAGCGACAGUUGCUCAAAAGAAAAUUUUACUAAUUCUCUACAGUAUUGUAAGAGAAACGACGGAGAAUCUUCUCAGAAUGGUAGUUCUCCUUCAUCCGAUAACAACACGUAUGGCGAAGGCAACGAUUCGAACAAUAGCUAUAUGUCGAUCGAAAACCGUACUUGUCCUCGUUUUAAUUGCGACCUUAGAUUAUCUCCUAACAGUGGUCACGUGUAUUCUAGGGUAGAAGACGUAUCGCCAAAUAUUCCACGUUCCAUAACUAGUAAUGCUUCCACAAAAGGACGUACUUAUUAUGUUUAAAAAACUUUUGCAUUUUGUAGCAUUCGGCAAUUUCCAAUCGCUACCAUAACUAUAAAUGUAAAGCACUAUAAUUUAAAAUAUGUACAUAUUUGUAAUUUUAAUAUUAACAGUCAAUUUUCACAUACGUAAUAUAAGUCAUACGAAUGUCUGAGUAGAACGAAAAUAUUUUAUCAAGCUAAUAUUUUGUAUAAAGGUCAUGUGAAAGAGUCUGAUUACGGAAACAUUAUAUAUUAUUAUAAAACUAUUAUUAUUAGUUAUAUAAAUACCUAUAGUUUAUCAGAGCUGUGAACAUAAUCACAAGCAAUCACUGUAAUACAACACCAAAUAGUUUAAGAUGGAACUUACCCAUAUUUCCAAUUAAUUAUUAUAAUAUAAGUAACUAAGUAUGUUCAAUAAAGAAAUAUUCCUACAGAUUUAAGAGUAUUAUCAUUAUGUUCUUUACUAUUGACAAUUUAAUUAUAUUAUAUAUAUGCUUAAAAUUUUAGUUAACUAUUAAAAAAUCCAAUUAUGUUUAUAAUGACAAAGUUUAUUGUAUCUAAUUUUAUUUUGUACCGUAACAAGUUUUAUUUAUUGUUUUACAUUUUAAUAUAUCUGAUAAUAUUAUAGCUGAUUGAAAAAGUAAACAUAUAAAUUGUUUGCAUUUAUGUUGCGUACCUAUAUUAUAAAAAUGUAUAUAUUAUAAUUAUAAAUGUUUGCAAUGUUAUCAGUUUUGAGCAUAAAUGUAACGCU